CAAAUAAUUUUGCAAUUCAAUUCAUAAAACGAAAUGAAUGGUGUGCUUUUUUAUAUCUUUUACACCAUAAAACUGUAUACCUCUAUAUAACAACCCUGCUCAAGUCCUGUUCUUAUUACAUCAAAUUUGCAAACAGAGUUCAUUUGUAAUUCUACUUUGCCCGCAAGUAAAAUUUUAGAAUUAAUUGAAGAUUCGGAAUAAUACUGGAAAAUGUUUGGUAAUAAUUAUAAAGAAGCUUCAGGCGUGGCGACUUGUGUUAGGUGCAAUCAAUUGGCGUCUUAUGUGUGCCAAAAGUGUGGUGAGCCCUAUUGCUCAGGAGUUUGUCAAAAACUAGAUUGGCGUUCCCAUCGUUUCAUAUGCAGAGAAAUGCCUAAGUUAGUAACAAGAAAAGUAUAUGACAAAGAAAACAUUGGGAUAGGAUAUCCAUUGCAAGAAGUGCGUGGUUUUGCUGAAUAUGAAGGUUCUGUUAAUAAUUAUUUUGAGUUUGAACAAAAUAACCAGGAAUUGCAGCAACGCGUGCAGUCAAGUAUGCAACUACGUAACACUCAAGGUCAAUAUGACAAGAUUGAGAAACAACAAUUUAACCAUGUUGGACAGCAAGGUAAAGAUGCUAAAAAUCGAUUUGGUCCUGCUAGCCAAAAUCGAUUCAAUCAGGAUGGUUAUCAACAAUAUGUUAAACAAUUUGAUAAUAAUGAGUCAUACCGGCAAACUUAUGAUAUCCAAAAACGGGGAAAUCAAUGUGGUCAACAGCAGCAUAGUUCGGAUAGUGCCUUGAAGAGAAAUCAACAGCGCGGCAACUCUGGUUCACAAAAUUAUGAUGCUUAUGAAACACAAUACAAACAGGCUGAACUAAAUGAACGGUCUGACCGUAAUGGUAGCUUAUCAUGUUGUAGUUGUGAUAACGAUCAACAGCGUAACUCGGGUCGUCAAGAACAUUACAACUACGAUGGGCAGCAACAGCAAAAUGAUGAGACACGUCAACGUAAACACCGUCGACGACGUCAACGUAAAAACGGUCAACAACGUCAACGUAAAAACGGUCAGCAAUCACAUAACGAUAACGGUCGGCAACAGCACGAUAAUGAUGGUCAGCAACAAAUAAAGUCACAAUGUGGUCUGCAGCAAUGUGGCGAUGGUCUGUCACAUCGUAGUUAUGAUAACGAUCAACAGCGUAACUCGGGUCGUCAAGAACAAUGUAACUACGAUGAGCAACAACAGCAAAAUGAUGAGACACGUCAACGUAAACACCGUCGACGACGUCAACGUCAAAACGGUCAGCAACGUCAACGUAAAAACGGUCAGCAAUCACAUAAUGAUAACGGUCAGCAACAGCACGAUAACGAUAAUCAGCAACAAAUAAAGUCACAAUGUGGUCUGCAGCAAUGUGGCGAUGGUCUGUCACAUCGUAGUUAUGAUAACGAUCAACAGCGUAACUCGGGUCGUCAAGAACAAUGUAACUACGAUGAGCAACAACAGCCAAAUGAUGAGACACGUCAACGUGAACACCGUCGACGACGUCAACGUAAAAACGGUCAGCAACGUCAACGUAAAAACGGUCAGCAACGUCAACGUAAAAACGGUCAGCAACGUCAACGUAAAAACGGUCAGCAAUCACAUAACGAUAACGUUCGGCAACAGCACGAUAAUGAUGGUCAGCAACAACAACAACAAAAACGUAACUAUAGCGAUCAACAGUAGCGCAAUAAUGAUGGUCAGCAACAACAACAUAAUUAUAAUGCCCAGCAAUAUAAUGGCCAACAUAAUUAUAAUAUUUCAAAGAUUGCAGAUACAAACAGUUAAAUAGUAUGACAAAUUCUAUGAAACCGGUUGUCCAGUUUUAGGUUUCAUCGAAUUAAGUUUUAUGUAAACUUAAAGAUCUGUUUGUUUAUAAAUCAGUUUUUGAUAAUCCUGAAAUAUUACAGGAUUGAAUGUAACAAUCGAUUUAUAUUAUAUCAUUACUCAGAAUUACCUUAAAUAAUUCAUUACAUUUUUUUUCUAAACACACCUUGUAUCUAUAUAUCGUAAAUGUGCGGGGUUCA